AAUCGAGAGGAAGAGAGGAACGAAGUAAAAAAUAUUGUUGAAUCAAACAAAUAAAUAAAAUAUAAAAUAAAGGAAGUAUACCUGGUAAUUGUAUGGGCCAUUAUUGGGCCGUCUCGUGCUGGUGCGGUGAUCGCACGCGCGAGUCGUUCCUUGAUAGACCCUGCAGGGGUUUGAGUGAUGGGCGAAAGAAAAAGCGGGUCGGUCGAGGAGAGAUCGAUGGCUCCCAGGGUUUCUCUCAACAAGAAAGAGGGAAGGUCUCAGAGGGGCCGGAGGAGCGUCGAUGGCCAAGUGCCUCAAUGAGUGGAGCACCUCGACGAUGCAGAAGGCCUUGGCGAUCACCCACUACGGCUUCAUCCCUCCUCAUCCUCAUCGGCGUGAACUCCGAGCCCAAACCCCAACUCUACCAGUUCCUCGGCCCCGUAAUCAUGACCCUAAAUUUCCCCGGCUAAUCCAUUUCACCGACGAGUAUGACACGUUCAUUUCUUCGACCGCAGCUUGUCUUCUCCCGCCCUCGAUCGCGUGCGCUUUGUCUGCUGCAACCCUCGAAGAGUCUUCGUGGCAAAUGCUUUUCCGGGAGACGCGCCUUAUUGUGUGUGACCUCAGCAUCCAGUCACCCAUGCCCGCCUGUCAGCUCCGUACCAAUGGGGAUGGACCACCUGAGAUGACAACGACACACACCAGAGUUGCUCACAAGCGAACCAAUGUGCCUGUGACACAAGUAGCCAUAUCACAAGCCAACAGCAGAGGCAGCUUCCCCCACCCCCGUCUCCCCAAGCUUUUCUCCACCCCUUCAGUCAAACAAUGUGAUUGCUUCCUCGUGUAACAUCGAAUCAUUUCGUCAUGUAAUGGAGAGGAAGAUUUGGCAUUUC